AUGGGAUCGGUGUCCAACGGGAAGGUACGGCCUCCAGCCUGCCAGGCCGUCUCUCCUGAGCGGUCCCCCCAGGCGCUCACUCUGGUUUCGAACAGUCCUGUCGGUUUUACUGCCAACGGCACCAUUACCUCACCGGGCAGCCGGCUGGGUCAUCCCCCGAGGACUUCCAGUCAGGCAGCGCUUACACCGCAGCAAGAGCGGAUUGUUUUUACAGGCAGCCCUCAGCCCUCACCUGCUGGAAAGGCGCCUUCUCCCAGUAACAGCAACGCGGCAGCGCUGCCCUUGCAAUGCAACCAGGUUUCCAAAACAGCAGAAAAAGUGCCGCUGGGGCCCCCCGCGGUGUGCCAGGCGAUGUCCCCAGCACAAGGCAUAGCUCUUCAGAGGCCUGCGUCCGCUCAGGAGCAGCCCGUGGACCAGCAGCCCGUGGUCCUGAGCACCAACAGCCCUGCCGCUCUCAAGGUGGGCACGCAGCAGAUCAUUCCCAAGAGUUUGGCUUCUGAAAUAAAGGUGACCAGCAAAGCCAACAGCCAGAACGCAGAGACAAGCAAGAGGGUGCUGAAGGUCCGCAGCAUGGUGGAGAGCCUCAGCGUGCCUUUGGUGGCUGAUGCUGAGGAGGAGGCUGAGGGUGACCUGGACAGCCCGGGGACCCUGCGGCGCGGCCUGAGGUCGACGUCCUACCGCAGAGCGGUGGUGAGCGGCGUGGACUUCGACAAUUCUAAUUUUAAGAAAAAAAACAGAAUGUCCCAGCCCAUACUUAAAGCAGUUGUUGAAGAUAAAGAGAAAUUUUCGAGCCUGGGGAGGAUAAAGAAGAAAAUGCUGAAAGGACAAGGGACGUUUGAUGGGGAAGAAAACGCUGUAUUAUAUCAGAACUAUAAAGAAAAAGCUCUGGACAUAGAUUCUGAUGAAGAGUCUGAGCCCCGAGAGCAGAAAUCGGAUGAAAAGGUUGUUUUUCGCUAUAAGCCCCUGAGAUCAACAUGGAGUCAGCUGUCUGUUGUAAAGAAGAACGGAUUAUCGGAAGCGAUCAGCCAGGAAGAAAGAAAAAGACAGGAGGCGAUAUUUGAAGUGAUAUCUUCUGAGCAUUCUUACUUGCUGAGCUUGGAGAUUCUGAUUCGGAUGUUUAAAAAUUCCAGGGAACUGAGCCUCACAAUGACCAAAACGGAGAGCCAUCACCUUUUCUCCAAUAUCACAGAUGUUUACGAAGCAAGCAAAAA